ACAUGUCGGAAAUGUUUAUUUUUGAAGCAGUUAUAAAUCAAAGUUACGUUUGAAAUCCACCAUGAAUACUCUCAAGAAAGGACCUUGACCGAAUUUUCAAAUCGUUUCAUAUAUUUUAUUACCUGAGAUACACUGUAGACAAGGAUGUGUGACCACCACCAGUUACGGACCCCCACCCCUGCUGGAAUUGUGGACCAUGUUGGAUCCCUGUCGGACAAUCUGGGGGAUUUAGUAGACAGCUCUGAGUAUAGUGACCUCACUCUGAUUGUGGAGGGUACUCGAUUCCCAUCACACAAGGCAAUCCUAGCCGCUAGGUCUUUGUACUUCAGAGCAAUGCUGUUUGGGGGUAUGAAGGAGUCAUUACCAGGAACUACAGAGAUAGAACUAAAGGAUAUGUCAGCCACUGCAUUUUCUUACUUACUGCGAUACAUGUACACUAGUCGAAUUAACCUGCUGGAUAUCAAGGAGGAGACUCUGUUGGAUAUUUUAGCCAUGUCUCAUCGGUAUGGAUUCUUGGAACUCGAAGGUUCCAUUUCGGAAUAUUUAAAGGCCAUUCUGAAUAAGACUAAUGUAUGCAUGAUCUACGACUUGGCCAAUGUGUACAGUCUCGCGUCACUGUGUAACGUGUGCAAGGAAUUUAUUGACAGGAACGCACAGGAUAUACUCCAGAGUGAGGCUUUUCUGUCUCUAUCACAGUGUUCUGUGACAGACUUGAUCUCGAGAGAUUCGUUUUGUGCGCCUGAGAUAGACAUUUUCAACACUGUGUGUGAGUGGGCAGAACAAAACGUUGGGCAGGAUCCCUCACCUAUUAUCAACGCGGUACGCCUGCCGCUUAUGACUUUGUCUGAAUUACUGAACCGAGUAAGGACUACCAACCUUGUGUCACCAGACGCCAUUUUGGACGCAAUUAAAAUACAAACCGAGUGUCGAGACAUGGAAUUGGAAUACAGGGGAUUUCUUGUACUUGAUGAAAAUGUGGCUUCCAGUCGACAUUCAGCUCAGGUGAUUCGGGGAGAGAUGAAGGCUGCUCUGCUGGAUGGAGAUUGCCAGAAUUACGACCUUGACCGAGGGUUCACCCGACACCCUAUCGAUGGCAAUGAGGGUCAAGGUGUGGUCAUUCGCCUCAGUCAACCCUUCAUCGUCAAUGGCUUUAAGUUACUACUGUGGGACCGAGAUAUGAGGUCCUAUUCAUACUAUAUAGAAGUUUCAAUGGAUGACAAGGAUUACGAGAGAGUUGUCGAUCACUCCAAGUAUCUGUGUCGGUCCUGGCAGACCAUGAAUUUCUCUCCAAAGGUAGUAAGGUAUAUUAGAAUUGUUGGAACACACAACACAGUGAAUCGUGUCUUCCACAUUGUAGCAUUUGAAUGUUUCUACACACAGACGCCAUUUAAACUGGAGCAGGGACUGAUAGUCCCCCAGGAGAAUGUGGCAACCAUUGAGGCCAGUGCCUGUGUGAUUGAGGGUGUGAGUCGUAGCAGGAACACUCUGAUCAAUGGUGAUACACGUAACUAUGACUGGGACUCGGGUUACACCUGUCAUCAGCUGGGCAGCGGGGCUAUCAUUGUACAGCUUGCCCAACCAUACAUUGUAGACUCAAUGAGACUGCUGUUGUGGGACUGUGAUGACCGUUGCUAUAGUUACUACAUAGAAGUUUCCACGGACCAAAGGAGCUGGCACAUGGUCGCUGAUAAACACAAUGAGGAGUGCAAGUCAUGGCAGCUGAUUAGAUUUGAAAAGAGACCAGUGGCUUUUAUCAAAAUAGUUGGCACCAACAACACAGCAAAUGAGGUGUUUCACUGCGUCCACUUUGAAUGUCCAGCUGAAGUGUCUGGAGCAAUGCCGUCGAUGUCCGUUCCCAGAGCCUUGGCUGGUGGUUUGGCUACUGAAAGUGGUCAGCAGAGUGCUGCCAACAGUCCCAGUCAGCAGACGCCUAGCUCAGAACAAUAUGCCAGUGCUGAUUACUCGCCCCAGGAUGCACCAGAAGCUGAUCGCAUGGAUGCAAACAGCAGUGAUGAGGCGGAAGACUGAUGACCAGGAACUUGUCGCAGCAUUCCACCAAAUCAGCAUCCUAUUUCAUUGUUGUGUUUUAAUUUGGUAGAACACAAUUUAGAUACCCAUGUGACUGAGACCCAUCCUUAAUCAAUCAGCUGAUAAUAAUGCCUCACUUUAAUUGGUUUCUGUAAUCCCUGACCUUGACCUCAACCCUGUGACAGUGUCGGACAAUUCAAGACAUGACUAUAUUUAGGAGGUUUUUAGGAUGUUCAGAUCUUACCUUGUCAGAAUUUAUAUUGGAGUAUCACGGAAAUUUAUACAAUCCCUGACCUCAUCCAAAUCUAGACAUUGUCAUAAAAAGGAGUUUCUUAAUUAAGAUUCCAUUGAGGGAAAACAUUUAUGUGUUUUUUCCAAGUCUUGGGUUCAUUAAGUUUCUUUAGGUUAAGCAGGAAAUAUAUUAUCCCUCUGUGCUCCUCAAAUUGUGUGACAUGAUAAAGUUCACUUUCCCAUUUUUCAUAAUCAGCAAAAUCAUAUUUGUGUAAUGAUAUUACAACAAAGUUUGAAAUAUACGUGUAGAUAUAUCAAUAACAUUGAAAACCAAAUCAUUCAUUGCCUAAACGGAUGUGAACAUUUAAAGAUUUUAUUACAUCUCAAAACAGAGUGUAAGUAGUGCUUCUCCUGUAUGAAGAAAAAAAUUUGUGAAAAGAUAAUUCAGAAAAAUACAUUUUAGAGAUACUUGGAAAUUAGAUCUAAACAGAAAAUGAAGAUUCAUAGUCUAUUUAUUUUUAGGAUAAAUAUUUACUAAAAUUGUAAUUAUAUUCAUGAAAUUACAAUUGAAAUUGAUAUGCAAGAUGAAUCUUGUCGUGUCCCUGAACAGUAUUUAAAUGAAGUGAAAUAUUUAUUGAUCUUGAUUAGCAUUUAAGUUUUUCUAGAUGUUUUUGUAUUAAUGUUACUAAAGUCAGGGAUAACAGAUACACACUGAAAUUCCAGCAUCUUUCUUUAUACUAAUGAUAAAAAGGGCAAAAACUUAUUAUAUAGAAUUUGUGUGAGCUAGCUCGUAAGAUUCCAAAAGAUUUUCAAAUAAAGAAAUAUACAGUAUCUAAUUCUACUUUCCCCCCAUCUCUCCCCAUCCUUCUUUCUGUUCUUCAUUCCUUCCCUUUCCUCCUCCUUUGCCUUACCACAUUCACCUUGCCUACUGAUGGCUGAUAGCACCUUACCAGGGGUUUGGAAAUACACUGUUGAUUAUUUAAUAUAUUAUGCAGAUUUUGUUGGAACAUUGUCCAUGCUAUUUAUGUGUGUAGAAGUCGUUACAAAGAUAUAUGCUAUUUAUUGGAUUAAAUCCUUGUCUAACAUGCAUUAAAUGAAAAUUGCCUGCGAUGUGAUUAUUGAUGUACUAGAAGCAUUUAAAUAAUUGUUGCCGUAUAUCUUGAGAAAAAUACGUGGGAAUUUGCUCAAGAGGAUAGAUAGUUGUAGAUAAAUUUUGUUGAACAAUUUGUACGGUUUGACUUAAGCUUAAUCAGUUGCUGCAGACUGAUGUAAUUAGUUGUGAUACUGUUUAUUAGAACUUGAAAUAUUCUCACUUUUGUGUAUUUACUAAAUUAUUAACAGUGCUUUGACGUAUGUUUUCAGCAUAAAGUUCAAGGUGGUGUUAAUUUUUCAUGUCAGUUUUGUGGCCAACAUCACUGUUGAUGACUGAAAUUAGACUGAACUAAAAUUGAUACUGGGUGUUGAAAGUAUUCAACUUUUCUCAUUCAAAUAAGAACCCUGCUUAAAGGGGAAAGGUUUACACCAAAAUGAAAGAGAAAAAAAUCUGUCUCUUAUUUUAAACUCAUUGCUAAAUGUGGAAUGAUUUCUACCAAAAUAUAAAAUGAAAAAAAAAACUUGUAACAACAUAAAUCCAAAUAGAUCAGGCAUGUUUUGCUUGAAGAAUCAGUUUUGUGUUUCGUUCAUCUGAAAAAAAUGGCAACUUUUUGUAUUGUCAAAAGUAAUUAUAUGCAAAUGCUUUAUAGUCCCUUCAUUAUAAAGAAGGUUACUGGAGCAUGAAAUGUUGCUCAAACUUUGAGAUGCAGUGGAGCAUUGAAAAAUGUAUUAAUGUAUAUCAAAUCAUGGAUGACAGCUUUAAUGUGAGGCUGGUACCCUUUGCCUGCUAUAUGGUAAACUGUUUCUAUGGUGACGAUGAGACAGACCAACCAUUAAUGUAAAUCCAUUUCCUCAGUGACAGUGUGACAAAUUUAUAAUUUAUGUAAAACUGUUACUAUGGUGACAGAAAAAUUAAUUGUUAAUAUAAAACCGAUUUUAUGAUAAUGAUGAGACAAAUUCAUGAUUAUAGUAAAAUGGUGACAGUUAUUUUUGAGGGGUUCUAAUUAUCAUAAAAAAUUUAAUAUCUUAUUCUGAUAGACUAGAAAGCUGUUGUAUGACUUCUGAAAAAUACUUCUUUCCUGCUUAAAGCUUUUGGCAAAAUUGCCAAAAUUUGAACAUACAAAAAUAAUCUCCUUUACAGUUACGAUAUUGCCCAACAGAAUACCUGUACUGAUAUUUUCUGGAAUUUUUUUUGCUUCUUCACAAAUGUAUUAAUCACAGUUUUAAUUGUAUAAAGCCUGAAGGACUUAUUUAGUCAUCACACAAUACAGGAGCAUUAAAUCUAUGUUAUACUUUAUAUAUACAAAUAAUUAAAUAUCUCCAAAGAUUGUACUCUGUAUGUAUAUAUUGAUAAGUACUAGAGUGAUAGGGUUUUCUUGGCCUUACCUAAGAUAAUGGUGACACAGGUCCCAUGGAUUGUGUCCCUUUGUUGAAUUUAUUUAUUUUCAUAUUGUUGGAAAAUUGUCCCCCUUUUUUAAGUAAGAUAUUAUCCAAAUAUGCAGUGUAAUCAUGUAUUCAAAUUAAUUGCUUUUCACAAAGUCGAAAAGUUAUAUAUUUACAUCUUAUAGAAGAAAAAAAUCACUUAAAAAUGUUUUUUUCCUUUUGUUUUUGUUUUUUUUUUUUUUUUGUUAGUGAUGAGAAGGUAUUCCAUAUUGCAGUAGGUUAUUUUUGGCCCAAAUAUUUUCUCUGAUAGGUCUGCUUCUUAAGGCCAUAUUAACAUGCAGAUUAUUUUCACGGAAAUAUGUCAUUUGCAAACACUUUGCUGUGUUUGGUAUUUACCUCCAUACUUUACAGUAAGGUUGUCCUUAUUGAGUCACAUCAUUUUUGGAGUCAAAUAAAUUUGUCAUAUUUCAAAGUCAUGGUAAAUUAUGUUUCUUUAUAUUUGACCCUUAAUGUACUUGUUGAAAUUGACAUAAAAAUUACCGAUAGAAAUCGACAUAAAAAUUACUGAUAGAAGUUUUUUUGAAUACUGAUGUGGAAGUGUAGGAAGAUUGUAGGAUAUCAUACCAGACAGUACUAGUGAUGAAUGUACAGAACUAUUUGUAGGAUAUCAUACCAGACAGUACUAGUGAUGAAUGUACAGAACUAACUGUAGGAUAUCAUACCAGACAGUACUAGUGAUGAAUGUACAGAACUAUUUGUAGGAUAUCAUACCAGACAGUACUAGUGAUGAAUGUACAGAACUAACUGUAGGAUAUCAUACCAGACAGUACUAGUGAUGAAUGUACAGAACUAACUGUAGGAUAUCAUACCAGACAGUACUAGUGAUGAAUGUACAGAACUAACUGUAGGAUAUCAUACCAGAUUGUACUAGUGAUGAAUGUACAGAACUAACUGUAGGAUAUCAUACCAGACAGUACUAGUGAUGAAUGUACAGAACUAACUGUAGGAUAUCAUACCAGACAGUACUAGUGAUGAAUGUACAGAACUAACUGUAGGAUAUCAUACCAGACUGUACUAGUGAUGAAUGUACAGAACUAACUGUAGGAUAUCAUACCAGACAGUACUAGUGAUGAAUGUACAGAACUAACUGCAUUCUUUAUUACCUCCCACAUAUCACAAAGAAUUUGAUAGAAAUGAAUGAAAGUAUAGUGACUGAAUCGUAAAAGUAAACUGCAAUAUUAUAUAUACAAUGUAUAUUAUAUAAUUUAAAGUCUCUCCAUUAAUUGGGUAUGGGUGAAUUAAUGACAUUUUUUUUUUAAAUGUACUCAUCAUUAAUUGCAAAUUUGUGCUAAUUAAUAUGCAAAUUUUGUACCCUUGUCCAUGUUUUUGUUUGUUUGUUGUUGUUUAUAAUUAUAAUGUUUGGCCAGUUUGUAGCCCUGCUUGUUCAACUGUGUGUGUAAACAACUCCUCUGUAACAUACUCACCUAAUACCAUACACUGUUGUAUUGCUUAUGUUACUCUUUACAAGGUAGCUGUUUAUCAUUGGAAACAAAACUACAGAAACAUCAAAAACAAAAGUACAUGGAAAUCCAGUUUUAGAAACGACAACUUAUUUUAGUCAUUGGUUGAUGUUUUCUGUUCACACACUUGUGAUAUUAUUUUCCAAAUCUAGAUUUAAUGGAAACUUUUGUGAUGUAAGUUGUAGACCAUACCUGUGUUUUUACUCAAAGGGGGUCUGUCACAACAUGUUGUAAAGAGAUAUUACACAUGUUUACAACUGCCUAAACCCAAUGAGUGUACAGGAAUGAUCUGAUCAUUUCAAUGUAUAUUUUAUACUUUAACAGUCAGUAACCAGAAGAAAAUUAAUUGACAGGAGAGAAAAAUGUAUAUUCUCAUUUGAAUAUGCAGUAUCAUAUUGUGUGAUUUGAGAGGGUUGUGUUGUGUUCCACACAUAACACAUUAGUAAUGACAGUAUAACGUAUCACCACAAUGUUACGACAGCCUGAUGACUUCUAUAAGAUUAGACUGCAAUCAAUUUUGAUAUGCCAAAAUGUUCGUGAUAAUUUCAAAUUAAUAAACAAAUGUCGACUAAUGACAUAACAAUCAAUUUUAGCUUACAAAAGCAGAUAACUCUGCAUUAUGAAAAGACAGAAUGAUACCACAGAGCAAGAAAUUGGGGCAAAAAAGUCUUAUUUUUUUAUAUAUUUUUUUUUGUGCUUUAACUGAAGAUUUCCACAUUUUUUCUUUUCUUUGGUUUUUAUAAUAUUUGUUUUCAGUAUCAAUUUGUUCUUUCUGAUCAAGUAAUUAUAAGAAAUCAUUGCUUCCUCUCCUGUGUAAUAAGGUCCAAGCCGGAUUAUAUUUGAUACUUAGGACCGGGCUAAGGCAUAGCUGCCAAUUUGUUGGAAUCAUUAGAUUUUUUUUGUUAGGGCUAUUAACUAGACAUGUGAUACGAUACACAGUGAAUAUUAUCAUUUCGUUAUGAAAUAAAGGGUUUUUUUCAUAC